AUGGCCUCCGAUCAGCCUCCUGCACGUUUGUACUUCUUUACGUACCCGAGAACCGGAUCAAAUCUGCUCACCCACCUCCUUGCACUGGACGAUCAGCCAAAUGUGCAACGCCAGAACCCACCCGAGCCUUAUGGUAUGCGCUUUUUCUUGCCGCUGGUAUUAUUGAAAAGCAAGAGCAGGCAUUUGGGGACGCAUGUACAGGCACUUCCCCAGGACCAAAGAGAAGAACAAGAGAGGUGUGUCAAGGAGUGCUACGGGCGUCUACUUGAUCAUAUUCGAAAUGCCGAACGAGAAGGGAAGAUGGUCUGCUUCAAAGACCACGCCCAUUACAUAGUAGAGCCAGUUGCUGAGGCACGCUUGCUUUAUGGCGAUGACAGUGUUACCGACCAAAUCCCCUGGACUUUACGUGGACCGAACGAGCUCGACCAGACAGACACCGAUCGCUCUGAUCUCAACGACACCCUGUUUUCAGACGACUUCCUUAAGACAUGGAAACCGGCCUUUCUUAUCAGACAUCCAGCCGCUGCAUUUCCUUCAUACUAUCGCGCGCUCAGCAAAGUUUCCGGUCCCGAGUUCGUUCAAUCCGAUCAAGGCUGGAAGGCCUACCAAAAGGCUAUGUCCUUGCGCUGGGUAUAUAAACUGUACAACUUCUACGUGCAGCACUUCUCCAAGUGUCGAGAUGAUCAGGCAUCAUGGCCUGUUGUUAUUGAGGCAGAUGACAUCAUAAAUCAGCCAGAAAUUCUGAUUAAACUCUGUGAGAUUACUGGGCUAGACAGUUCCAGAAUUCGCUUAACUUGGGAAAAGUCUACCAGUGAGCUCCCUGGAGUGCAAGUGUUUCAUGGAACUCUUCUUGAAUCUACGAAGAUUGAUACCUCAAAGGCCGUAGGCGACGUUGACCUAGAAAAGGAGUCAGCGAAAUGGCAGGGAGAGUUUGGAGAGCAUAUCGGGCGCAGAAUAGAGGCAUACGUGCGAGAGGCUAUGCCCGAUUACCUGUUUCUUAAAUCGAAGAGACUUCGGGUCUAG